AAUUGAAAAUUUUUGCGUUUGGUUGUUGGUUGAUUAUGUGCAAAUGAAUUGCAAUUAUUUUCAUUAAAUUCCUUUGUUAAUAAUAAAAAAUAUAAAUCAAUCAAAAUGUUUCAGUUUGGAUUCAACAUGUUUAACGAGAUGAGGCCUUUUAUCAUGACUUUUAGAUGUUUCUCGGUUUCUAUGAUGCCUGGGAAUGAACGGCAAGAUGUUGAAAGAGGAGGAAAGAUAAUAAUGCCACCAUCAGCACUGGAGCUCUUAACAAGGUUAAACAUAGAAUACCCCAUGAUAUUCAAGCUGACAAAUAAAAAAACUAAAAGAAUAACACAUUGUGGAGUCUUAGAGUUUGUAGCUGAUGAGGGAUAUGUGUAUUUGCCACACUGGAUGAUGACAAACCUGGUUCUUGAAGAAGGGGCCUUGAUACAAAUAGAGAGUGUAUCACUACCAGUGGCCACAUUCUCAAAAUUCCAACCACUCUCUGAAGACUUCCUUGACAUCACUAAUCCAAAAGCAGUGCUGGAAAACUGUUUAAGAAACUUCUCAUGUCUUACAACAGGAGAUGUGAUAGCUAUUAAAUACAAUUCCAAGGUUUAUGAGCUGUGUGUAUUGGAGACUAAGCCAGGCAAUGCUGUCAUUAUUAUAGAAUGCGAUAUGAAUGUGGAGUUUGCACCGCCAGUUGGCUACAAAGAGGAUGAGCACAUAACACGAGGCACUGGUAGUUCGGAGGUGACUGGUAUGGAGGAAGACCCGGCGACGAUGAUGCCGGAGCCCGCGGGCUUUGUGGCCUUUAGCGGGGAGGGCAACAGGCUGGACGGGAAGAAGAAGAAACUCACCAGUGAGAGCGACUCUGAGCCGCAGGCUGGCAGUUCCAGACAACCAUAUGUUCGAGGAAUACCGGAUUAUGAUUAUGUGAUUGGCACAUUAAGAUUCAUCAGGAACUCCCGACCAGCCAGUGCAAAGGAAGAAACUCCACCAGAAGAACCAUUCCAAGCAUUUAAGGGUGAAGGCUUCACCCUAAGAACAACCAAACCUAAGAACUGAGUAGUGUGUAGUGUAAGUUUUGUGGUAUUUUGACUUUGAUCAUCAAAUUACAAGAUAUGCUGGCAGUUUACAAUAUGCUGGAAGUUAGUGUUAGUGAAAUAUUUAGUGCUAACUUAAGAUUAUAUACUUAAUACAUAGAUAGUUCUAUAUUAGGGAAAAAAUGUAUUGGGAACAUAUUAUUUCAAAAUGCUGCAAUGUUUUUUUAAAAAUUGUUAAAAUACAAACACAAGUCUAAUUUGUGGGAUAAUGUAUUUUUGCUAUCUUUCAUUAGUUCUGGCAUAAACUUCAAGCAAACUAUUGGAUUUUAUAUGGGACUGCAUAUCUUGUAUUUGAAUUAUCAAAGUAUUUUUGUUAAAAUUUUGUACAUAAACAUUAGACUUUAUACUAAAACAAUUUUUUUUAAAGGCAAUAUUUUGUAAGUACAAUUCUUACUUACAAAUGAGGAAUUUAAUAAUAUCAUCCCCAUUUUAUUUAUUAAUUGCACAUUAGUAAUUAAAAACAAAACAAUGUUUAUCUCGAUUUAAGUUACUUUUAAUAAUAGUAUGUAAUUUUUCUGAAGAUAAAUACAUAUUAUGAUCCUCAAAUUUGAUAAAA